GGGCCCUUGGACGUUUCUCGGGCUGGGAUCUCUUAGUAUUGUUUGGCAUGGGUCUCCUCAUGGGUACAGGAAGGGCCCCUUCCGAGCCACUUUGGUAUUUUCAGUAUUUGAUGGGUUAGAUGUGGCAGCUUUGUGGUCCAACUCCCUUAAACCUGUUUUCCCUCUUUCCCCACCCUUUGGGCUCGAUUUUAGAUCUGUUAGCUGGAAACCCUGACCUUUUUGCUUGUGGAAGGAGAUUUGUUUUAUGAGGGCCCCUUUUGUACAGCUUUACUUGCCAAACUGAUGCCCCAGGGCAGUGUCAUUCUUUCAUAAGCUUGGAGACUUUUGCAAGGGGGCAUACUUUGGCUGAGGGGAUUAUGGGGAGAGAUGUGUGAGAGGUCUUCCUUAAACAUUGGCUGAAAACGAUUUACUUGAGAGUUGUCAUUGCUUGAAUUCUCAGAGCAGAUCCCUAGUUUGCCUUUUCUUUGAGAAAAAUGUGUCACCAUAAUUUAGGCUUGAUUUCCUUUUUGGAGCCCAGUCGACUUUUUCUUUUUCUUUUUUAAUAUUCUGAGUUCUUAUCCCCUAAGUUCUUUCUCUUUUGGGGAAGAUUUGAUGGGUCAGCCCUUGUAUAUAUGUGGCCUGUCUUUGUUCCACUUGGGAACAGAUCUGAGUUAACUUUGCCCUGUUAUUUUCAAGGAUGCACCUGGGAGUAUGUGAUGCCCUCCUGGUGUUGGAUUCAUGCCUGCUCAUACCCUGUGUGAGACGCUUUGAGGAUGAGAAAUAAAUAGGUUAUGCAAGUCCACGAGACUAUCCGGAAUCGGGCUUUCCUGCUGGGUGCUCUGAGGCAGGAUGUAUGACUACGCGUUUGUUCACAUGGAGAAGGAAGCAGAUGCCAAAGCCGCCAUCGCGCAGCUCAACGGCAAAGAAGUGAAGGGCAAGCGCAUCAACGUGGAACUCUCAACCAAGGGUCAGAAGAAGGGGCCUGGCCUGGCUAUCCAGUCUGGGGACAAGACCAAGAAACCAGGGGCUGGGGAUACGGCAUUCCCUGGAACUGGUGGCUUCUCUGCCACCUUCGACUACCAACAGGCUUUUGGCAACAGCACUGGUGGCUUUGAUGGGCAAGCCCGUCAGCCCACGCCACCCUUCUUUGGUCGCGACCGAAGCCCCCUGCGCCGUUCACCUCCCCGAGCCUCUUAUGUGGCUCCUCUGACGGCCCAGCCAGCCACCUACCGGGCCCAGCCCUCAGUGUCGCUGGGAGCUGCCUACAGGGCCCAGCCUUCUGCCUCUUUGGGUGUCGGCUAUCGGACUCAGCCCAUGACAGCCCAGGCAGCCUCUUACCGCGCUCAGCCCUCUGUCUCCCUUGGGGCCCCAUACAGGGGCCAGCUGGCUAGCCCUAGCUCCCAGUCUGCCGCAGCUUCUUCUCUCGGCCCAUAUGGUGGAGCCCAACCCUCAGCCUCAGCCCUCUCCUCCUAUGGGGGUCAGGCAGCGGCAGCUUCUUCGCUCAACUCCUACGGGGCUCAGGGCUCCUCCCUUGCCUCCUAUGGUAACCAGCCAUCCUCUUAUGGCGCCCAGGCUGCCUCUUCCUAUGGGGUUCGUGCAGCUGCUUCCUCCUACAACACCCAGGGAGCAGCUUCCUCCCUAGGCUCCUACGGGGCUCAGGCUGCCUCCUAUGGGGCCCAGUCUGCAGCCUCCUCGCUAGCUUAUGGAGCCCAGGCAGCUUCUUACAAUGCCCAGCCCUCGGCUUCUUACAAUGCCCAGUCUGCCCCAUAUGCUGCACAGCAGGCUGCUUCCUACUCUUCCCAGCCUGCUGCUUAUGUGGCACAGCCAGCCACAGCUGCUGCCUAUGCCAGCCAGCCAGCCGCCUAUGCUGCACAAGCCACUACCCCAAUGGCUGGCUCUUAUGGGGCCCAGCCAGUUGUCCAGACCCAACUGAAUAGUUAUGGGGCCCAAGCAUCGAUGGGCCUGUCAGGCUCCUAUGGGGCUCAGUCGGCUGCUGCGGCCACUGGCUCCUAUGGUGCCGCAGCUGCCUACGGGGCCCAGCCUUCUGCCACCCUGGCAGCUCCUUACCGCACUCAGUCAUCAGCCUCAUUGGCUGCUUCCUAUGCUGCCCAGCAGCAUCCCCAGGCUGCUGCCUCCUACCGUGGCCAGCCGGGCAAUGCCUACGAUGGGGCAGGUCAGCCGUCUGCAGCCUACCUGUCCAUGUCCCAGGGGGCCGUUGCCAACGCCAACAGCACCCCGCCGCCCUAUGAGCGUACCCGCCUCUCCCCACCCCGGGCCAGCUACGACGAUCCCUACAAAAAGGCUGUCGCCAUGUCGAAAAGGUAUGGUUCCGACCGGCGUUUAGCCGAGCUCUCUGAUUACCGCCGUUUAUCAGAGUCGCAGCUUUCGUUCCGCCGCUCGCCGACAAAGUCCUCGCUGGAUUACCGUCGCCUGCCCGAUGCCCAUUCCGAUUACGCACGCUAUUCGGGCUCCUAUAAUGAUUACCUGCGGGCAGCUCAGAUGCACUCUGGCUACCAGCGCCGCAUGUAGGGCCAUCCUGGGGAUGGGGCACCACGGGGAGGGAGGGAGAGGUAGGUAGGGUGCAGACCCAGGUUAUAACCACUCUGGCCCAUACCUCUCCCAUUGUGGUUUUUCAUCCCCUCCCUCUACCAUGUGGGCCUUCCCCAGGAGACCAUCCUUUUGAGUGUUUGGCAGUAACCUACUUUGUUCCUUCGCCUCAGCAUCACAUCUUGUUACUGGCUCUAGAUCUGCGGUUUCCCCUCUACCCUGCCUCCCAUCUCUCCAGAAUGGGAAUUACUUUUGUUUUUAUUUUUUCCUGGCUCCCUUUUAUUUUUGUGCGCGAUAUUUAAGGUCGUGUGGAUGGGGAAGCAACCUGCAGCUGAGGUCGGCGGCGCCUUUUUCUUUUAGAUGUGAGGGAGGCCAGGAAAGGGUUAGCUUAACCAUUUCCUGUGCGCCAAGCUGUGCCAGCAGUCCAGGGGGCCCUGAUUGUUCCUCUGUAGACUGUUGAGACUGAGAUCCUAUUGGGACAGUCAGUUGGUAUGUGUCCAAAUCCCUGCUCACCACUGAUGUUCUAGCGAUGGUGAGCAGCACAGUCCCAAUUCCCCAUCUCCCCAAGUAGGUGGUGUUAGAAAACCUUAAUUUUCCCCCCUUUUGUAUGGACUACAAAUAAAACUUGGGGCGAUUUGCAGUUUGGAAACCUGGUUGUCAUUGUCUUGAUUGCACUCAGUGUCAGAGGAGCCAGUUUGACAUCCAGGAAGUCAUGACAACUAAAGGGCAGGUAGCCUCAGAAACCAGGGUGGGUUUGGAACGGGGUUUGAAUGUGGGAAUUAGAAUGAUUUCUCUGCUGCCCAGUGGGAUUUAGCUCAUCGGCGUCCUACUAGCUUUCAGCCAUCUUUAGGGCAGGAGAGUCCAGACCAAGUGGUUGGACUUCUUAGCCCUCAAUUUGGUCACACCAAAAUGCAGUAAUAUAAUACCCAUUUUCCUCUGCCUAUGGUUGGCUAUUUGCCCUGCCUUUUCUCCAGAAACAACCUGAGCUCCAGCAGGGUGGUUGUAGGGGUUGGCUUUUCUCGAAUAUUAAGUGGGGAAUGGGCUGCUGUGGUGUUCACAAGGUGGGGUAUAUCCUUCAGACAGUUGGCUCUAAUGAGCACCUGGGCUGGGACCUGGAAGGGAGCCAUAGUCCGGUGGGGGUAAUGUCCCUAUCUGAUGCUGCCCUGUGGUUGGAGAAAGGAGGGAACAGGGAAAAUUUGAAGCAGUUGUGAGGCAUUCUGGCCAGAGUGUCCUGGUACUUCGCCUGUUGAAUUUCACCAUGGAAUGUCCUCCUGCAUCCUGCCAACCCAUCACAGCACCUGAGACUUCUUUGCCUGUGCCCAUCUGUUAAUGGUUUUCAGAUGUCUUCUUGCUGGGUUUAUAUUUGGAGGUGUCAUAACAGACUGGGAAGUGGGUGAGGUGCUAGUAAAAUGAACUAUGGGGAUGCUGGAAUUGGGUGAGAAAUUGAGGAUUCUGCCUAUACUCUUACUCCAGAGCUGGGAGUUGAGGACCUGGGCAAAAAAUAUGACAAUUUCAAGAGAGAACAAGAUGGAGGCUUGGUAAUGAUGGGUGAAUGAAAUAAGACUGGCUGGAUGGGUUUAUAUCAGGAAAACCUACUCAUGCUCCUGUGGAAAGGGUGCUUUAAGAGAUUUUUGACUUGGGAGGCUGCUAGGGCAAAGUUCACUGGGGAGGUAUGUGUGUCAAGAAGAGUCCAGAUGGGUUGUCUGCCUCCUUAGCGUCAUAUGAACAUGCCUAUGACAAGAGUAGUUUGCCCUCGAUCUCCUCUUGCCUCUGCCAAAUGUGCAAAAAAAUAAUAUGGUUUUAAAACCAUGAGCUUGUAUUUGUGGAUGCUAAAUGGGGUCAUUCAAGGGGGUACGGGGGCCAUAGCUCUUUUCUUUGCUUCUCUUUCUGCUCAUUGCUUUGCCUUUGGGUGCUUUGCUGCUCCUUUUUAUUUCUUUGCAGGACUGGGGAAGAAUGGGAAGAGAAGUUUCAUAAGUUUCUUAUUACUUUUCUGUGUGACGGUGGAAUGAUCUGAGGGCCAUGCUAACAAGCUGACCUUUGAUUAAUUACCCUGGAAAAUUGAGGGUCAAUUAUAGGGCUGUGAUUGUGGCCUCUGUUAUUUGCAAUAUUUCUUUGUCAAUGUGGCUUUCUGUCAUCUUCCUUUAUCUUCAGUGAGAGUUCUGCCACUGUCUCAAUCCCAUGAUUCCUGCAAAAAGCUUAAUGUGCUUUCAGGGCCAGUGUUGAGGUUCUUUAUUGCAGCCCCAACUCUUCAGAGUGACCUGGCCUAUUUGAUCACUCUUAACUUUGUCUGUCAUUUUUAGGUCCUGAUGCCCUUGUUGUCUCAGCCCUCAGGCUUUCAAGCCAUAAGGAGCUACAAAGCUAAAUCAUUUUGUCAUUUUCCUUUCUCUUGCAGAUGUUUUAAAAUCUCCCCUUUUUAAAUUUAAAUUGUACCAUUUGUGUUAAUCCCAUAUUGCACUCCUACUUUGAUUUUUUUAAAUUUGAUUUCCAAGGUCCUAUAACUUGGGAAAAGUUGGAUUUAGUGAAUGAGAGAAGGGACAUUUGAUGUAUGUUUUAGGAAAUGUGCUCUCAGUCUGUCUUCUGAUCAUUCAACUUUACACCUGUCACCUCUACAACUUUGCAGUCAUUGGAGAAGUUUUAGUUGAUUUAUUCUUGGAACAAGGCCACAUAGAGACUUCUAGCCUUGCCAGCUUUCUCUCUUGAGUUUGGACCUUGUUUUAAAUUCUGUUUAGGGUGGGCCUGGGGCCCCAUCUUUUGUAAUGGAGGAAUGGGACUAUCACUGAGGGGCCAGUCUCUACAGGUAGGUUGCCUACUAGUCAUAACCCCUAGUUAAGCUCUGGCAAAGUUCUUGCAUAGUCUAUUGGUUCUUCAGGCAUUUUGUCCAGCCAAGUCAAGUCUGUGGACUCCCAUGGUUGAGUGAAAUCAUAAUGAAAAUAUAUUCAUUACUGGAUUUAUGGACGAGUAUGCUGUGUAAUAAUAGGAAUUUAGGUAAUAGAGGAGGACAGCAUAUGGAAAAUUUAUACCUUUAAAAAGGUUAUAAAAUGGGAUUUCAGGUUUAGCUGUAAAUCAUUUGAAAUAUCUGUCUAUAAUGCUUGAAAUGCAGUGCUCAGGUAGCUGAGCUCUUGGUCUGACCUAGAGAAAGUUACAGUGUGGAAGUUUCAAUGACCUACCUCGAUGAAACAGUUAGUUAAUAAGUAAUGAUAGACAAGUGAUUAGGUUAGGAAGGAGAGGAUGUGGUAUCCCCAGUUGUUGGAGAAUACUUUCUGGAGGUGGGACUUGAUUUGAAAACCAGCUUUAACUACUGAGAGAAUAAGACUUUUGUCUCAGGUUUCCUGAGUUUGAAUCCUGGAGCUACCUUUUUGCCAUGUGAUUUUGGAUGUCAGGAAUUCUGCCUCCUUUUGGUCAUCUAACAUUUCACUGUAAAAUGUUGAAAGUGCUUUUCAGGGCUGGGAAUGUAGCUCAGUUGUUCAGAGCGCUUGCCUAGCAUGCUCAAAGCCCUGUAUUCAGUUCAGCAAACACAAAACAAACACACACAAAAUGCUUUUUUGUGUUAAUUAAGUCUUCAUAACAACCGAAAUACAUUAGAUAUUUUUAUAGGUUUUUGUUUUAUUUUGAUACUGGGGAUUGAAUCCAAGCAUGCUUUACCAACUGUGCUAUAUCCCCAGUGCUUUUUAUUUUUUGAGUCAGGGUCUUGCUGAAUUGCUGAGGCUGGCCUUGAAUUUUGUCUUCCUAUCUCAGCCUCUUGAGUUGCUGGGAUUAUAGUUGAACACUAAUGGGCCCAAGCUAGAUAUUUCUAAACUUACUUUAUAAGAGGGGAAGUUGAGGCUAUAGAUUAAAUAAUUUUUCUUCAGCUCAUAUGUGGGUUCUACCCCCAGCACUGAAGAUGGCUAACAAAGUGCUUGAUCGAGGAAUUGAACCACCAUUUGAACCAUCCAGGACUUUGCUUGUUAUCUUUAUGGUAUGCUAGUGUAGAGAGAGGGUCAAAUAAAAACGUGACAAAUUCUCAUUAAAUGCUAGCCAUCAUAGAUUGAGAUGGCUAUAGCACACAGCUCUGAGCAAAGACUUUGGAUGAAGUUGUGAGUGCAGCACCUGAGUUACAGUGAAGGCAGUGAAUUUUUAUGAGUUAUGCCUGGGAUUGACUUAGGCCAAUGGACUACACCAGUUUUGGCUACCUUUAUUCUCUGGCAGUACUACUCUAUGUUGGAUAAGAAGAAAGGUUACUAUGCAUGGUUAAGAACUUUAUAGGCGGCUAAGGAUAUAUGGCUGGAGGGGGAUUAGAGGCCUGAGAAGCCUGUUUUUGGUUGGCUUACUGGCUCCCUAGGACCAUUCAUAGAGAAUUUGGGCAUUUAUCCUAUCUGUAAUUCAUUUCUGGUCCAGGAACCAGAGUUUUUAAGAGUAUAAAUUGUAAUUUUCACCCCUAAGGGUGUGAGGCUAAUAUAGAUUAUUUGUAUCUAAGUUUUCACUGACAUUACUGUUUACCCUUACAUGUGGAAUUUUGUCCAUUUCCCUUUCAAAAGUCUAGGCUCAUUUCUCAUUUAUAUGCAUGUAAUAUUAUCCCUCCUGUUUAAGGUUUGCAGCCAGGUGCUUAUUUAUACAUAUGCUUUUGAUAAAAUGUCAUUCUGGAUGACUUGGGACAAGUUACUUUACCUUUUAGUAAAUUGGUAGCCUGAUCUGCAGUCCCCCACCUCCCUCCCAAAUUAGCAAACUUGAUCAUCAAAAUGUCUGGACAUGGUAGUACAGGCCUAUAUAGACCACAGACUUGGGAAUCAGGGGCUGAAGGAUCACUUGAGCUCAGAAAUUUAAGGUCAGUUUUACAACAAAAGUGAGAACCCCAUCUUAAAAAAAAAAAAAAAAAGCCAGGCA